ACCCGAACAUCAGAACUCAGCUAUCACAGACGCUGGCAGCAGGCAUCAACUCUGCAGGAAGACAGAGUAAUGGCUGAAAUCUGCCCUGAUGUCCUCUGCCAACCAGAUGGCACAUUGGGAAGGGACAUUGCUGUCCAGGAAAACCAAAAGAACAGGACACCAGUGGACAAUCUAGCACUGACCUCUACCAACAACGACUUUGCCUUCAGCCUCUACAAGGAACUGGCUUUGAAGAAUCCAGAUAAAAAUGUCGUUUUCUCUCCAUUCAGCAUCUCAACAGCCUUGGCCAUUCUGACCCUGGGAGCAAGGAGCAAAACUCUGGAAGAGAUUCUAGGAGGUCUCAAGUUCAAUCUCACAGAGACUCCUGAGGCAGACAUCCACCAGGGCUUUGGGCACCUCCUCCACAUGCUCAGCCAGCCAGGGGACCAGGUGCAGAUCAGAACAGGGAGUGCCAUGUUUAUUGAAAAGCACUUACAGAUCCUAGCAGAGUUCAAGGAGAAGGCAAAGGCAUUCUAUCAGGCUGAGUCCUCCACGACUGACUUCCAGCAUCGUCAUGAGGCCAAAAAACUCAUCAAUGACUAUGUGAGCAAACAGACCCAGGGGAAGAUCAAGGAACUGAUCUCUGACCUGGAAGAGGAAACAUUAAUGGUGCUGGUGAAUUACAUCUACUUUAAAGGGAAAUGGAAGAGACCAUUUGACCCUCAUGACACAUUCGAGUCUGAGUUCCAUCUGGACAAGAAGAGGUCUGUGAGGGUGCCCAUGAUGAACAUUGAAGACCUGACCACACCCUACUUCCGGGAUGAGGAGCUGUCCUGCUCUGUGGUGGAGCUGAAAUACAGAGGCAAUGCCAGCGCCCUGUUCAUCCUCCCUGAUGAGGGCAAGAUGCAGCAGGUGGAAGCCAGCUUACAGCCAGAAACCUUGAGGAAAUGGAAGGACUCCCUGAAGCCCAGGAAGAUCGAUAAGCUCUACAUGCCCAAAUUCUCCAUCUCCAAUGACUACAGCCUGGAGAAAAUCCUUCCAGAGCUGGGCAUCAGGGAAGUCUUCUCCAAACAGGCUGACCUGUCUGGGAUCACUGGGGCCAAGGACCUGAGAGUCUCUCGGGUGGUCCACAAAGCUGUGCUGGAUGUGGCUGAGAUAGGCACAGAAGCAGCUGCUGCCACGGGAUGGAAAGCAGUCCCUCUUUGUGCAAAAUUUAUAUCUAUGACAGUCCGUUUCGACAGGCCCUUCCUGAUGUUGAUCUCUGACACAGAUACUCAGACAACCCUCUUUCUGGCCAAAAUCUCCAACCCUAAGUAAGGCUAGAGCUUCCCAAGUGGAGAGUAUUCUGCCCAAGAGCCCUGGCGGAAGCCGGCA